CUGGCGGCGUUUGCAAACUUUGCAGAGUGCAGUGGUCGCGCUGAUGGGAGCUCCUUGCACCCCCGCGGCUUCUCGGGGCAUCUCGGAGCCGCCCACCCGCUCAGACCCCAGGCGGGAUUCGAACCCCUGACCUAGGGCGCCAGGGACGUCGGGGCCGGGGUCUCGCUUCAGAGUGAGACAGGCAGUCUCCAGGGCAGGAAGUUAAUUCUCCAGCCUCGGAUCCCCCAUCUUCGAAGCAGGCCCAGGUCCUGUCCCCGAUCCCGGUCCAGCGUGUAUGUUGGGAGUCACAGUUUUACAGAGUUGAGGCUUUGGUGUGAGGGUUUUGGGGUCUGAUGCUUGAUCACUCUCAUGAAGGUAAGAAAAGUACACAGGACUGUCUGGGAUAAAAAAAGACAACUAAUAGCUUUAGGUCAGGUCAAACCAGGAAAGAGAAAGUUUUGGUUUUCCAGUUUAUAAGAUGGCAUGCACCUACAGUGCUCUGAGCUUAUAGGGUCCCAGCAAGGGUGAAAUGAAGUCACGGAGGUAAGGGGCCAGCCCUAAGGGGCCCAUCAGUGCAACUCUAAUGGCAAAAUGGAACCCACACUGGGCCCUGGGGGGGCAGAAGUUAAGACUCACACCAACCAAGUCCACAGAGCGGCCCUCCUCUAGUGGGCAGGGGGCCCAGCACUGGAUAUCUGCUACAGGCUAGGCUGUGCGGAGGGUAGGUCUGGCUCUUCUCUCCCACCAGUUACCUUCUGCCUGGUGUUGCCACCAGAGAGGGUGUAGGCAUCUCUGUGCGACGUCACCAGCUGGUUCCUGCCUUGUGUUGGGUGGCUGGGCCCAGAGGGUUCUUAGAGUACUCCUUCUCCUUCAUUAGGGGGAAUUUAGGGAAACUGAGGCCUCAAGGCGGUGGUGGCUGGCCUGCAGGCCAGAGGCAGAAGUCAAGUCUCCUGGCCCUGAGUCUGUGUGCGUGCCUUGCUCUGGGCGCAGGUGGCCUCCCCGGGGGCAGUGAAGUGGCAGCAAGUGCGUGGGGAAGGGGGGUGGGUCAGAUUUGCCCUCAGCAGCCAGGGGCCAGUGCUCCCGCACCUGUCGUACAGUGGGGUGGUGUCCUGUUAGUGAGCUGGCUGGUGUCCUGAGAUGAGGCUAGGCUCCAAGGGGCUGCAGUGGGCAGAGCAGACGGGUGGUCCUGAGGGCGCAUCUGUCUGGUCAGAGGCACUGGUCAGUUAAGGGGCCAACAGGGCCAGAGUGUGGUGCCAGCUGAGUCUUGGGGCCAUAUCAGCCACAGCCAGCCUCUCCCAGGGACCUCUGGAGCCUCUUGGUCUGUGUGACCUCGAGCAGGUCACCGACCUCUCAGAGCCUCCAUUUCCCCCCCUCAAGGAUGGGCGUUGACGGUCGACCUUCCAGAGCUGCCAGGUCUCGCGAGAUCCGGGUACAGUAGCUUGCUUGCGCGUGUCAGUUAAACCUUGUGAAAUUGCUGAUACUCAACUGUUUUUAACCAAUAAAAAUGGCGUUUUGUAGCCUAAGGGUAAGCCUAGGUCUGUGUUGGCUGCCUGAUUGUUGUCAGGAGAAUUACUGUUUAAGUGCCACAGGAGAACACGAGAGUGCUUUGUUCCUUCUCACGGAAACCAGAUUAAUCUUUUAGAAAUCAUCUUUCCCUCCUACUUAAAACCUUUCAUCGUCCUGAAGUUAAAAUGCAACUUCCCACCAAGACCUCCAGCUUUGUGGUUUGUCUCGCCUGGGCUUUUUUUGUUUUCUUGGCCUUUGGGGGUCGGGGGGUGGUGGGGACAGGCCCUGUCCGGAGACAUCUACAGAGGCCUUCGUUCCCCUCCACCCCCCCAUCGGGUAGGUUCUGUCCCAUUUCCUCUGCACUGUACAUGGACACUCGUUUGUUGUCUGUGUCCUUGGAUAGACUGGUGGCCCCACAUGGGUGGAGACAGGCAGGACCUGUUUGUUGGGGUGAUGGCCGGGCGCCCAGUACCUGCUGCAUCGACUGAUGAGGUGUGGAAUGUUGGGCCGCCCAGCGAGGCACCGAGCACCCUGGCUGGGCAUGGGUGGUAGGAUGGUCAGGAUGACUCUUGGGAGGAGGGUGGUCCAGUUAAACAUCUGUUGGUGUGUAAUGAAUCCCCUUAAGAUUCAAGUGACUUAAAACACCCGCAGUUAUUGUGUUAUCCGUGGUUGGGAGGGUGAACAGAGCUCAGCGAGGUGGUUCUCACUUAAACACCCGCAGUCAUUGUGUUCUCUUCUGUGGCUAGGAGGACGGAUGGGGCUCAGUCAGGCAGUUCUCACUUAAACACCCGCAGUCAUUGUGUUCUCUUCUGUGCCUGGGAGGGUGAACAGGGCUUAGCCAGGCAGUUCUCACUUAAACACCCGCAGUGAUUGUGUUCUCUUCUGUGCCUGGGAGGGUGGACAGGGCUUAGCCAGGCAGUUCUCACUUAAACACCCGCAGUGAUUGUGUUCUCUUCUGUGCCUGGGAGGGUGGACAGGGCUUAGCCAGGCAGUUCUCACUUAAACACCCGCAGUGAUUGUGUUCUCUUCUGUGCCUGGGAGGGUGGACAGGGCUUAGCCAGGCAGUUCUCACUUAAACACCCGCAGUCAUUGUGUUCUCUUCUGUGCCUGGGAGGGUGGACGGGGCUCAGACAGGCAGUUCUCACUUAAACACCAAACACCUGUAGUCAUUGUGUUUUCCGUGAUUUUGAGGGUGAACAGAGCUCAGCGAGGUGGUUCUCACUUAAACACCCGCAGUCAUUGUGUCCUCUUCUGUGCCUGGGAGGGUGGACAGGGCUUAGCCAGGCAGUUCUCACUUAAACACCCGCAGUCAUUGUGUUCUCUUCUGUGCCUGAGAGGGUGGACGGGGCUCAGCCAGGCAGCUCUCACUUAAACACCCGCAGUCAUUGUGUUCUCUUCUGUGCCUGGGAGGGUGGACAGGGCUUAGCCAGGCAGUUCUCACUUAAACACCCGCAGUCAUUGUGUUCUCUUCUGUGGCUAGGAGGGUGGACGGGGUUCAGCCAGGCAGCUCACACUUAAACACCCGCAGUCAUUGUGUUCUCUUCUGUGCCUGGGAGGGUGGACGGGGCUCAGCCAGGCAGCUCUCACUUAAACACCCGCAGUCAUUGUGUUCUCUUCUGUGGCUAGGAGGGUGGACGGGGCUCAGCCAGGCAGUUCUCACUUAAACACCCGCAGUCAUUGCGUUUUCUACUAUGGUUGGGAGGGUGGACGGGGCUCAGCCAGGCGGUUCUCAUUUAAAACACUCUCAGUUGUUACUAUUAUCUUCUGUGGUUGUGAAGGUGGACAGGGCUCAGCCAGACGGUUCUCAUUUAAACACCCACUGUCAUUGUGUUCUCUUCUGUGGUUGUGAGGGUGGACGGGGCUCAGCCAGGCGGUUCUCACUUAAACACCCAUAGUUGUUGUUAUUCUGUGGUUGUGAGGGUGGACGGGGCUCAGCCAGGCGGUUCUCACUCAAGGCCCCUCACACAGCGCCGUCACUUAGUGGCUGGGCUGGAAGUUGCUGAGACUCUUCACUCACGUGUUUCCCAUGUGCUGGCUGUUGACUCUGGCACUUGGCUGGAACCACAGCCGGGGCACCUACAUGUGGCCUCUCCAUGUGGCCUAGGCUUCCUGCCAGCAUGGCGGCUGGGUCCCAGAGUAAGAAUCAAGGGGCCUUGCUGUUCCUCUGCAGACGGGGCCUUGAGGUCAGAAUCGGGGACCUGCUCCUGGUCACAUGCAGCCAGGGAGCAUGUAACGGCGUCUCCUGUAUCCUUGCAAGUGUGUUUAUGCCUGGCCCAUGGCAGUACUCCUCUGCAGCCCUCAGCAGCUCCCCUUACUCGCCGUCCAGCUGGGGUCUCUCCCCGAGGUCCUAGGAAUGGUGUUGACCAAUGCGUGCCUGAUUGCCACCCUCUCUCCACAGGCCUCCUCGGUGGGGAGGCAGGAUCCUCGUGUGGCCACCUGCCUUUCCCACGGCCUGUGCCCUGUGGGGCCCGGCUUACAGACAGCAGCAGCCGUGUCCAUGGGUUCUGCCGACCACCACUUCAGCCUCGUGGAGAUUCUGUCGCAAAACUACGGUGUCCGGGAGGGGCGCGAGGCAGUGGCUGGGGGCCCACAGAAGCCUGAGGAGGAGCUGGAGAAGGACUUCAUCUCCCAGAGCAGUGACAUGCCCCUCGACGAGCUGCUGGCACUCUACGGCUAUGAGGCCUCGGACCCCGUGUCGGAGCAGGAGAGUGAGGGCACUGAUGCCACACCCCCCCUCCUGGACAUGACUUUGGACAAGGAGCAAAUAGCGAAGGAUCUGCUUUCAGGAGAAGAGGAAGAGACGCAGUCGUCUGCUGACGACCUCACCCCAUCCGUGACCUCACACGCAGCCUCAGCCCUGUUCCCCAACCAGAGCGGAUCCCGCUUCCUGGCCAGCGGAGACAAAGAGCCCAGCUCCCCCGCUUCCUCCGACACUGAGGAGGAUCCUCUCCCUGCCAACAAAUGUAAGAAGGAGAUCAUGGUGGGGCCUCAGUUCCAAGCUGACCUCAGCAGCCUUCAUUUGAGCAGACCCAGCGAGAAGAUCUAUGAGAAUGAAGACCAGCUGCUCUGGGAUCCCCACGUCCUGCCUGAGAGGGAGGUGGAGGAGUUUCUGUACCGCGCCGUGAAGCGGAGGUGGGACGAGGCAGCCGGGCCCCAGCUCCCGGACGGGGAAGCAGUGAAGGACAGCGAGCAGGCACUGUAUGAGCUGGUACGGUGCAGCUUCAACGCGGAGGAGGCCCUGCGGAGACUGCGCUUCAACGUGAAAGUGAUCCGAGAUGGGCUGUGCGCCUGGAGCGAAGAGGAGUGCCGGAACUUCGAGCACGGCUUCCGUGUGCACGGGAAGAACUUCCACCUGAUCCAGGCCAACAAGGUGCGCACGCGGUCGGUCGGUGAGUGCGUGGAGUACUACUACCUGUGGAAGAAGUCGGAGCGCUUCGACUACUUCACCCAGCAGACGCGCCUGGGCCGGAGGAAAUGCGUCUCUUCUGGGACCACGGACACAGACCAGGAUCUGGAUGGUAGUGACCCUGAUGGCCCCAGCCGCCCCCGCCCCUCACCACCCCUUCCCUCCACCGCCAACGGCUUGGGCCCUGAGCAGAGUGCCCUAGGGGGACUGUGUACAGAACCGCUGAGUGCGGACGGGACCACCCAUGGUCUCAGCAACCUUGGAGAGCCCGGAGCGGGUGGCCUCCUGACCUCGGAGCCAGGUCCCUGCGCCUUCCAGCUGCUGGACAAGCCCCAGGUUGGGCCCCUGCCCCAGCGGCCCCCGCCCCUGGCCGACCCAGCCUUCUACCCCCCAGCCUCGGCCGUCCUGGAGCCCGGCGUCCGCCCACGACUAGCAGUGGACUUGGCACUGCCUGGGGCCCUUCCUGAGGAGCUGCCCCUCAUCUCCAGCCACGUGGGUCUGGACAAGGACCACACGGAGGCCGUGGCCCCUGCUCAGGUGGCCUUGUCAGUUGCGGAGUUUGGACUCAUUGGCAUCGGGGAUGUGAACCCCUUCCUGGCCGCCCGCCCAGCACCUGGGCUGCAUGCGGAGCCCUUGUCACAUUGUAACGUGAUGACCUGUUGAUUCCCGACGCCUGGCGGCUCACGGCCCUGCAGCCACCACGAACCUUCCCUGGAUUGGGGCUGCCGCCCCGGCCCACCCGUCUGUCUUCCCGACCCCUUCCAGCAGGCUCUGCUUCAGGGUGUGUUGGGGAUGGCUCGAGGGGAUAGGGCUGUGGCCUGCGUAUCCUGGAUCCCGGCUGCCUGGUGGUGCCCCUGCAGCCAGUACACUCCUCAGACUCCACUGGGGCCUUCGCCAGCAGAGGGACCGUCCUGCCCCGGGAGACAGCCACUGCUCCGCCGCCACCAGCAGCCCCGCGGGCACCCGCGGCCGGCUCUGUCUCCCACACCGCCGCGGGGCCGGGUGGGCAGCUGCUACUCAGUGCCAAACCGUGGGGCAUGGAGCCAUAUACCUCGCUGUCCCACCCCAUACCCACCUGCUCUCCACUUCAGGAAAAGCCGCACUUUACUCCCACUGCCGCCUCCUCUCAGUCCCUAGCGCCCCUCAGUCUGGAGGGGCCCUCAGCAAACUUGGUGUGGGUGUGAGGAGCCGGGGCUUUAGGCCCCUUUCUUCGCCCCUCCCCGACACUACCAGGGGGGCUGGCACUACCCACUCCCCUCCUGGUGUCUCCUUUCUGUUGGACCCCCCGCCCCAGCGUGAUGGCUGAGGUCUUUGUCCUCACCAUCCCAUCCCCUGGUUUUAUUUAUGUCUCUGUUCACACGUUGGAGUGGGGUGUUCUGGGGUGGGCGCCCAGCCUCCAGGGUCAUCAAGGGUUUCUGUUUGAGCCCCUUCCUCAGAGUCAGACUUGACCCCCCCACCAAGGACCACACUGUGAAGUGAUGACAACUGCCUUGAACCCCCGCUGUUUUAUUUAUUAAACUUGAAUCAAAUCCCA